AUGAUCAAAAACUCGAUUCCUCUUAUUCUGAUUUCUAUCUGUUUCCAACUCGUUUUUGUUCACUAUCAGAAGUACUUUUCGUCAGAGAUUAUAAAGUGCAAAGAUGGGUCCAAGUCCUUCACCAGAGACCGUCUUAACGACAAUUUUUGCGACUGUAUUGACGGAACUGACGAGCCGGGAACUUCAGCUUGUCCAGAUGGCAAAUUUUAUUGUAGGAAUGUGGGAAGUACACCUCAGUUCAUUUUCUCUUCUCGUGUAAAUGAUCAUUAUUGUGAUUGCUGUGACGGAAGUGAUGAGUACGAUGGCAGCAUCAGGUGUCCCAACACUUGUGUCAUGGGAGGGAAUGUUGAGUACAAACAUAGUAAUUACAUCUCUACAGUCAAUGAUCUGGACUCUAUUGAUGCAAAAGAAACAAAAAAUCGAGUGAAUUUGGAGGAUUUAAUCCAGAAGCUUGAAGGGUUGAAGAUAUUCUUACUUCUGCAGGUCGGUGUGGUUCUCAUUAGUUUUGUGAUGAUUUUUCGGAUAAUUCAUCGCCGUUUUAGAUCUAGAAGAAGGCAUCAUCGAUGA